CGGGCCGUGUUGUGAUGACGUCACUCGGCAAACACAAAAGCCGAGACGGGAGCGAGAGGAGGCUGCGAGACGCCGAGAGACCCCCGGGGCCGCGAUCCGCACCAGCCGGGCCCAGCCGUGCCGAGUCAACAACGGCUCCUGCGAGCUGAAUCGAACCCGAACCGUUGCUCGUUCGAAAACCCGAACCGUGCCGAUCGAGCCCCGCGGUUCUCGCUGCCGACACGGAUCGGGGUGAUCGCGUCGCGGGCUCUCUGAUCGGCGGCGGCGGCGGCGGGUUGUCUCGGUGAGCGGCGCGGGCGGCGAGAGAAGCUCGGGGUGGGGGGUGGGUACCCAGGUAACCCGGGGGGUACCCAGGUAACCCAGGGGGUACCUAGGUAACCCAGGGGGUUGUGGAAAGGCAGCGAGGGGGACCCUGAGGGGGGUGGCCCGGGUGAGGCCGCGAUGCAAGCGAACGGCGCGCCCGACGCGGCGCCGCUGCAGAACGGCGAGGCCGGCGGGGGAGGCCUCAUCGCGAAUGGACUGCCCAAGGAGGAGGCGACGACCAAGAAGAAGCGGCCCUCGCUGUCCCAGACGGAGCAGGACGUGGUGCGCGUCAUCGGCCAGUACCUCCACGGCCUGGGCCUCAGCCAAACCGUGGAUCUGCUCAUGCAGGAGGCCGGGUGCCGGCUGGAGCACCCGACCGCCGCACGCUUUCGCAGCCACGUGAUGGACGGUGACUGGGAGAAGGCAGAAGCCGACCUCAAUGAGCUGAAAUCUCUCGUCCGGUCUGCGCGGGGGAUGCUGCGCAUGCGCUUCCUGCUGCUGGAACAGAAGUACCUGGAGCGGCUGGAGGACGGUGCCGUGCUCGAGGCUCUGCAGGUGCUCAGGCACGAGCUCACACCGCUCAAGUACAACACGGAGCGCAUCCACGCGCUCAGCGGGUAUAUGAUGUGCAGCGAUGCAGCGGGGCUGCGCGAGAAGGCGGCGUGGGAAGGGAAGGGCUCCGCCUCUCGCUCCAAACUCCUGGAGAAGCUGCAGAGUGAGACCGCGACCCACAACCCGUACCUGCCGCCGUCCGUGAUGCUGCCCCCGCACCGGCUGCAAACACUGCUGCGCCAGGCGGUAGAGCUGCAGCGCGACCGCUGCGUCUACCACAACACACGGCACGAGCCCUCGCUUGACAGCGUCUCCCUCUACUCCGACCACUCCUGCAGCCGGAAGCAGUUCCCAUGCUACACGCGGCAGAUCCUCACCGAGCACUGCAACGAGGUCUGGUUCUGCAAAUUCUCAAACGACGGUAGCAAACUCGCGACGGGCUCCAAGGACUCCACCGUCAUCCUGUGGGACGUGGACAUGGAGAGCCAGCAGCUCAAGGUGGCGCGCACACUGGAGGGACACACGUAUGGAGUCUCCUACCUCGCCUGGAGCCCCGACGAUGCGCACCUCAUCGCCUGCGGGCCCGAUGACUGCUCCGAGCUCUGGCUGUGGAACGUGCAGACCGGGGAACUCAAGGUGAAGAUGUCACAGUCGCACGAGGAUAGCCUGACCUGCGCCGCCUGGAACCCUGACGGCAAGCGCUUCGUCACAGGCGGCCAGCGCGGGCAGUUCUACCAGUGUGACCUAGAGGGGAACGUGCUAGACUCUUGGGAGGGCGUGCGUGUACAGUGCCUGUGCUGCGUUGGUGAUGGCAAGACGGUGCUGGCGUCUGACACACACCAGCGUAUUCGCGGUUACAACUUCGAGGAGCUCACGGACCGCAACAUUGUCCAGGAGGACCACCCCAUAAUGGCCUUCACCGUGUCCAGGAACGGGAGGCUCGCGUUGCUCAAUGUGGCCACUCAGGGCGUCCACCUCUGGGACCUGCAGGACCGCGUGUUGGUGCGGAAGUACCAGGGAGCCACCCAGGGUUUCUACACAAUCCACUCGGCCUUCGGGGGCCUGCACGAGGACUUCAUUGCCAGUGGCAGUGAAGACCACAAGGUGUACGUAUGGCACAAGCGCGGGGAGCUGCCUAUUGCGGUGCUGGCCGGGCACAGCCACACGGUGAACUGCGUGAGCUGGAACCCGCGCCUACCCGCCAUGCUGGCCAGCGCCUCGGACGAUGGCACCGUGCGCAUCUGGGGCCCUGCGCCGCCCACCCAGCCUGCCGGAGAGCGGCCGCCCGGCGAGCACGCGGCCCACGACGAGAGCGACUCCCACGAUGAAGGCAGCAACAUGGACAGUUAGCUAAAGGAGAGCACUGCCAUGGGGUGGGGACAAGUGAGAGAAGGGAGGGAUGUAGGAAGGGAUGGAGAGAGGGAGGAGGGAGGGAGGGAUGCAUGGACAGAGGAGGAGGGAGAGAAAGAGAUGGAGAAUGCGGGGAGGCGGGGGAGGAUGGAGGAGGAGAAGGAGUUUGCACACGGUGAUGGCGUCCGGGCGGGGGGCUACCUCUGCACCCCGGCCCCGCGCGCCCGGAUGCGUCAACUCAUGUCAAGCGGUGGCAGCAGCAGCAGCGUUUGGGUUGGGCGGGGGAGGCGGGGGCAGACUGCGUGGGAGGGAGCGGCACCAUCGAUCUCCCCCCAGCCCCGUCGCACUCUGCCGGUCACAUCCGACGUCGCCACCGCCUGGAUUGGUGAUUCCUCGCGCAGCCCGGCGGGGUCUCUGGGUCUCCACCGCUCACCUAACCUUGCAGCAACCACGCGGAGGAGGAGCUGUCACAGGCUACGCAGAGCCAUCUGGAGCAAUGUGGCGCCACAUGGAGCCAUGUGGAGUUGUCUCGCCCGCGCACGGAGGCUUUGGCCGCAUGGGUGAAGUCGCUGGCGCUGUAACGCAGUGGCGCCCACGGCUGUUGAAGUCACGGAGUUGAGGGGGGUAAGGGGGGGGCGUGCACGAGAGGCGUGUGUUACUGUAGUCGGUCUAUUGUAGUCGCCUGCUGUUCCCUUCUAGCCAGUAUUGUGGUGGUGUGGUUGUGUGUUGACGAUGAUUUACACGUGUAGCGGAGGGCAGCGAUGUUUUCCUUCUUGUGAGGGGUCACGGUGUAGUGGGGCGUCACGUUGGGGGAGAGACAGGGAUCGGGGGGUCGUGGCAGCUGCUCUUUGUCUCGGGACUGGUGAGAGCGGGUGAAGCCGACGUCUGUGCUGGGGCCUCGGUGCGCUGCCAUGUGCCCCCGCGAGCUAGCAGGAGCUGCCGUGUGGCGCAAAUCCUGGACACGGCACUCGUUCGGUUAAUGUGUCAGAUCGGUCCCCUACAACCGCACUUGUGCAGCCCCGUCAGGUGGGACAAGCCACUCUGUAUGCUGGACAGUGCUUGUCCAGCAGCUACAGGUGUUCCUUGUGAGACAGGUACUGCUGUGCUGGUGAGAAAGGCACAGCUGUCGCCGUGAGACAUGGGCAUUCUUGGGUCAUCGAGACGAGUCCUUGGCAUUGUGGCUGGCUUGGGUACACAUUCUCGGCUCUCGCUCUUGACUCUGUCCUUUUGGGUUUGGCCUUGGCCCAGGAUUCUGGUCAAAAUAACCUGGCCUGGACUCUGGCCUCAACCCAGAGGCUCCGGCUUCGACCAGCCUAGACACUGGCCUAGACACUGGCCUAGACACUGGCCUAGACACUUGCCUAGACACUUGCCUAGACACUUGCCUAGACACUUGCCUAGACACUGGCCUCAGCCUAAAAUGUUUCCAGUCAAUGCCUCGGCCUAUUCUUGGGGUAUUCGGCCUUGUGUCUAAGACUGAAGAAAGGGGCAUUGGUCCUCGUGAGACAGCUCACCGGGAGGCAGGUACGGCUGUAUGAGUGAGACAGUACGGCUGUACUGGUGAGGCUCACUGUGUGGCGGGUCCGGCCAUGCUGGUGAGGUGGGGAUGCCUGUUGCCUGGGGCCUGGGCCGAUCUUUUGGGGUUGAGUGUUGGAACCGUCCGUUGGCCUCAUUGCCGAGUCUUGAGAGGGGGCGAUUUUUGUAGAUGGCGAGGCAGAAGAAUGGGGGGGGGGGGGGGGUCAUGCACCCUGGCCCCCCCCUACGCCCCCGCCCCGGCGCAGUCCUAUGCAUGGGGUCUGUGCCACGAAACCAACUGCAGCUUGCGCAGGCUGCCUCCGCAAGCUCGCGCAAACUCUUAACGACAUAAAUCUCAAUGAAAUCACAUUUUCUACUAAUUUCCCUUAUGCGGCGUGAUUCAGGUAUUAUGUUUUUAUAAGUGUCCGCUGUUUGUGACUAUCAAUGUUUUAAACUCGUUUGACUCAUUCAGGUCGCUGGUUGUCAUGGUUUUUUGGUGCUGCAAUAGAGUUUUUUCUAAAAGUUAAAGCUUAAUAAUCUGUGCGUAGCAGAAGUUAUCGAUUUGCGUUGUUUAUUAUUAUUAUUUGUGUUUCCUCCUGGAAUUUGUAGCUCUCUUAGAAGACGAUCAAAUAAAAUGAGACGCAAA